AUGGACGCUAUGGUAUGGUUGACGACGACACUCGCCAUAACCAUCUCCCUUCUCUCAACCUUCGCAAACACCGCCCUCACCUUCGACGGCGGCGGCGACACCAAACAUCAACCAACUCUAUGCGAAGAACUCAUUCUUCCUGCCGGUUACCCUUGCUCCGAACAUGUGAUUCAAACAAAGGAUGGUUUCUUGUUAGGGCUUCAGCGUGUGUCUUCUUCUUCUGCGAGUAUUGGUUAUUAUGCUCCAGAAUCAAGACCUCCGGUUCUGCUUCUACAUGGCCUGUUCAUGGCAGGUGAUGCUUGGUUUCUAAAUACACCAGAACAAUCAUUGGGCUUCAUCCUUGCGGAUCAUGGUUUUGAUGUUUGGGUAGGAAAUGUGCGUGGAACACGUUGGAGCCAUGGCCAUAUAUCUUUAUUAGAGAAGAAUAGGCAUUUUUGGGAUUGGAGCUGGCAGGAAUUAGCCCUUUAUGAUCUUGCAGAAAUGAUUAAUUUUAUUAAUUCAGUGACAAACUCAAAGCUAUUUGUUGUUGGGCAUUCACAGGGGACGAUUAUAUCUUUGGCUGCUUUUACUCAACCGGAGAUAGUAGGAAAGGUUGAAGCAGCAGCUCUACUAUCUCCAAUAUCAUACUUGAAUCAUGUUAGUGCACCUAUGGUACAAAGAAUGGUUAAGAUGCACAUUGAUCAGAUGAUUGUUACAAUGGGUGUUCAUGAACUGAACUUCAAAAGUGAUUGGGGAGCUGAUCUUUUGGUUUCGUUAUGCGAUACACAUCUAAGUUGCAGUGACUUGCUGUCAUCCAUUACAGGAAAGAAUUGUUGCUUCAAUGAGUCACGCGUGGCUUAUUAUCUUGAACAAGAACCUCACCCAUCAUCCUCCAAAAACUUGAACCACCUUUUCCAGAUGAUCCGCAAAGGUACUUUCUCCAAGUAUGAUUAUGGAAAGCUUAGAAAUCUAAAAGAGUAUGGCAACAUCAAACCACCAAAAUUUGAUCUCAGCCGCAUACCCAAGUCACUGCCUUUGUGGAUGGCUUAUGGGGGAAAUGAUGCUUUAGCAGAUAUAACUGAUUUCCAGCACACACUUAAAGAACUGCCAUCCACACCAGAGGUGGUUUAUCUUGAAAACUAUGGUCAUGUUGACUUCAUUUUAAGCUUGCAAGCAAAGCAAGAUCUUUAUGAGCCUAUCAUCAAUUUUUUCAAGUCAAUGGGGAAAGUUAGUAGUAUCUAA